UUUAACUAGUUUUCUUCCCUAAAUCAUAUGAAUAGUUAGUUCUCUUUCAAUGGUCCCUACCGUGGUCCAAAUUUUCUAUUGUGUAGUAGUGAGAACCAGCCUAAUUUCAUUAAGUGGGCUCCAUGGUCUUAUUUUUCCACAAUGGAGGCUUUCUAUAAGAAUAAGCAAACUUCAUAAAAAAAACAGAUAUGAACUAUGACCUCUUAAAAUCUGCUGACGGGUCCUAUAGCAGCUGUUGAACCUGCAAUGGCAAAUUUCGUGGCCAAAGCUCAGCUCUCUCUUCUCACCUUCUUCUCCAUCCUCCUUUUCAUCCAUGGAAGACCAGUUCUAGACCCUGUAGAUCGUAAAGCCCUCUCUAUCAUUCAAAAAGACUUGGGCAAAAGAAGUCAACACCAACUUUCCACAGCCCCAUGCAACCUCCCCGGUGUGUUCUGCGAGAGAAGGCUUACAGACGACAAUAACUAUGUCCUGAAGAUCACUAGGCUUAUCUUCAAAUCCCAGCAGCUCACCGGGACUCUGUCCCCAGCCAUUGGUGAGCUCUCCGAGCUCAGAGAACUGUCUCUCUCUGGAAAUAAGAUCGUUGACCAGAUACCAUCUCGUAUAGUUGACUGCCGGAAGCUGGAAAUUCUCAACCUUGGAAACAAUAAGCUCUCCGGAGAGGUUCCAUCCAAUUUAUCUUCGUUAAUUCGCCUUAGAGUCCUUGAUGUUUCCUCCAAUGAGCUUUCUGGGAACCUGAGUUUCUUGAAGUAUUUUCCCAACCUGGAAAAGCUUUCCAUUGCCAACAAUCUUUUCGCCGGAAAAAUCCCAGCGUCUAUUCGUUCAUUUCGCAAUCUCCGGUUCUUCAACUUCUCCGGGAACCAGUUCCUUGAAGGCUCAGAGACACACUUGAAAAGGGUCGAAAAAUCAGCGUCCAAUCUUCCAAAACGUUACAUAUUAGCUGAGAAUUCAAAUUCAACUGCAAAGAGAAAUGCCACUGCAGCAGCAGGACCCUCUAAGGCUCAAGCUCCAUCUCCAGCGCAGGCACCCCACAAGACCAAGCAUAAAAACCGCAAAAAGAAGAUACUUGGGUGGAUUUUGGGUUUUUUGGCUGGAUGUGUGGCAGGUGGUAUCUCUGGUUUUAUCUUUUCUCUGCUAUUUAAAAUGUUUUUGGCUAUGGUGAGAGGUGGGGGUAAGGUCGCUGGUCCUGCAAUCUUCAGUCCUUUGAUUAAAAAGAAAGAGGACUUGGCUUUCUUGGAAAAGGAAGACGGGCUUGCUUCCUUGGUGAAGAUAGGACAAGGUGGUUGUGGAGAGGUGUACAAAGCUGAAUUGCCCGGAAGUGAUGGGAAAAUGAUUGCCAUAAAGAAAAUAGUUCAGCCACCCAAAGAUGCUGCGGAGUUGACUGAGGAAGACAGUAAGCUUCUAAACAAAAAAAUGCGCCAAAUCCGGUCUGAGAUCAACACCGUCGGUCACAUCAGGCACAGGAAUCUUCUUCCUCUACUGGCCCAUGUUUCCCGACCUGAUUGCCAUUACUUGGUGUAUGAGUUCAUGAAGAAUGGUAGCUUACAAGACACGUUAACUGAUGUCACAGAAGGAAAGAAGGAGCUGGAUUGGAUAACUAGGCACAAAAUUGCUAUAGGAAUUGCAGCCGGGCUUGAAUAUUUACACUUGAGCCAUAACCCACGUAUAAUUCACAGGGAUCUCAAGCCAGCAAAUGUGCUUCUUGAUGAUAAUCUGGAAGCUAGAAUUGCAGAUUUCGGUCUAGCAAAAGCAAUGCCGGAUGCUCAAACUCAUAUCACAACUUCUAACGUUGCUGGAACCGUGGGAUAUAUAGCACCAGAGUACCACCAGACACUCAAGUUUACAGACAAGUGUGAUAUUUACAGCUUUGGGGUAUUGCUUGGUGUUCUGGUUAUGGGAAAGCUUCCAUCGGAUGAGUUUUUCCAGCAUCAGACUGAGAUUGGUUUGGUUAAGUGGAUGAGGAGUGUAAUGACUUCAGAAAAUCCUCAGGUAGCAAUAGACUCGAAGCUGAUGGGAAAUGGUUACGAGGAUCAAAUGCUCUUGGUUCUGAAGAUCGCUUGCUUUUGCACUUUGGAUAAUCCUAAGGAGAGGCCCAACAGCAAGGACGUAAGGUGUAUGUUGUCUCAGAUUAAACAUUAAGUACGUGGUUAAGUCUUUUGAAUGUAUUGAAGUGAAAAGUCCAUGUAAUUUAAUUUCAGCAGCAGCUCUAAGAAGUCUAGGAUGUAUAAAUAAUCGUCAAUAUUUUGCGGUUGCUCUAUAAUAGAGCCAGAUGAUAUAUAAGUGUUGAAUGUUUGCCAUUA